AUGUUGCCGCCCGGCCCACCCGGGGUCCCGGCGCCCCCAGGGCUGCCAGGGCCGCCAGGGCCACCAGGGCCACCGGGGCCACCGGGACCGCCAGGGCCGGUUCUGCAGCAAUUUCCUGGCCAGAUACCGGGACACUUGGGACAGCUGCCUGGGCAGAUACCAGGACAGAUACCGCAGAUAGCAGGCAUUCCAGGGCAGAUGCUGCCACCGGGUGCAGUGCCUGGAUUGGGCCAGUUGCAACUGCUAGGCCAGUUGCCCAACAUGGGAGUGCCCAUUCCUGGACUUCCGCCUAACAUGGUGUUUGCUCCUCCUCCAGCACCAGGUACGUUGACACUCCCAGUUGGCUUCCCUAUGCAGACAGCUCCAGCUCCAGCAGGUGAAACGCUUCCAGCAGGUGCUGCGGUUCCAGGCGUACCUCCGCCACCAGGUCCACCCGGUGCUCCAACCGCCGUGCCAAUGCAGCAAGUAGCCAUUCCAGCGGCUUUAAUGGCUGCAGCUGGACAGAUGGCCACCGCUGCUGCAAGCAUGUCAACAGUAGCACCAGCAACGGCGCCGCCCGCAACAGCGCCAGCAGUCACGACUGCCUUUGUGCCAGCAGCACCACCAGCUGCACCCCUGCCAGCCCCUGCAGCCCCGACAGCACCCCCACCAGCCCCAACAGCACCACCUGCCCCUGCUGCAGCAGGCACCGACCCAACAGUUGCAGCAGUUGCUGUGGCUUUAGGCUUGGAACCAUCGGUGUUGAAUGCCGUGGUGCAAGCCUUAGGGGCUGCGACAGGAGGGGGAGCAGGGGCCCAAGGUGGAAGCACCCAGCCAGCAGGUGAGAGUCACAACGAGGCCGAGGGCGCUGCAGCUGUUGCAGCAGCAGCGCAGUCAGCGCAAGACAUGCAGUAUAUGCAGCAGUACCAGUUCUAUCAGCAGCUGCAGAAGCAGGAGCAGGAAAAGCGGGCCAAAACCCAAGCGGCGCAACCCUUGCGUUUCAAAGAGGGUUUUCGGCCGAUGCGAUUGUGCAAGCCUUUGAUGACAGUCGGUUUCUGCCGGCAAGGUCAGGACUGCACCUUUGCGCAUACAUAUGAGGAACUGCAUCCAGCCUCACCAGAUGUCCCGGACAACAUGGCUAAUGAAGAAACAGGUGCCAUGGCUGAACAGGGCGACAUCCCAGAGAGCCAGGUCCCUGACAUGAGACUGAAAAAGAAGAAAGAGAUGUGCGGGCGCUUUUCCCGAGGAGAGUGCUCACUGGGCAAGAUUU